AUGGAAUCCAUUGUGUCGCCAUUCAGGUCUCCCUCCAAGCGAAUCAGAGGAGAUGGCAUAAUUCAAAAACCGUUUAAUGUGGUGAAGCUUUCGCCCGUGAAAACUCCCAACGGACGCUCGGGGAUGAAAUCACCAGAAAAGAGAUCAAUGGUGGAGUUAGAGCAGUCGGCAAGAAAGAGGGCUCGAAACACAGUCUACAAACAGCUAAUGCAAGAAUACGAUAGCUCAGAUGAAUUCUUUGAGGCACAGGAGGAAAAAUUGGCUGCCAGGAUCUUGGAGCGGAAAGAAGACCAGUUUCAACGGAACUAUGGAAGCGACGUGGAGUUUGAGAUUGACGUCGCCGCGAGGCCAGAUGAAAGUGAUUUGGAUUCCUCUGCAACUGAGCUGGACAUGAACUUGAACUUGAACAUCGCCUCAAACUCGGACUCGGACUUGGAGUCGUCCGUUAGCGACUCGCCUGAAAACGAGAAUGUGCCUAAAAAAAAACCAGUUACCAGGAUUCCUUCCAAGCCACGGCGACGUGAUGUCCUAGCGUCCCAGAUCAAGAGUAUAUUCCACCAAGAUGACGAAAUCUUGCAAACCACUCGCCAAAAGAGUGUGAAAAAGACGGUACCCGCAAAAUCUGCGAAACCCGAAUCCGCGGAUUCGUUCACCACGAGAAUGCUACUGUCGGAUGCCAAGUCCGCGCCAAUCAUCACAGGUCUUCCUCACCGACCCUUUGUAGAUCAGGACAAGUCGCAAUUUGAACCAAUGCCGACCCCGGAAUUAGACGAAGCUGGCCACAUAGCAGAUCCCGAGUUCUUGCUGCGAUACAUGGGCGGUGAGGAUCCUUCGAGGAUGAAUGACAAGAGACUACUAGACGCACAAGCUUUUUCCUUGGAGGGCCCAGAGGGGUACUUUGAGCAGUUGCACUCAAGAGUAAAAAUAAGUACAACUUCAUUGUCUGCGUCGGCACCACGAGUCACCCGUGACCAUUUCAAAAGAAAUGAAUCUCUACCUGAAUUGAGAGAACCCCACACACAUUUGUAUCAUCAGUGGUGCUUUGAGUUGUCCGAGGGCUUCAGCAUCAACUUUUACGGCGUAGGCUCAAAGCUUCGUCUCAUAAAUGACUUUGCUGAAAACUACUUUGGCUUUUGGUGGAGUAAUACUGUCAAGGGUAAAGAUAUGCCCAAGAUCAUGGUUGUGAAUGGUUAUAACCCAAACAUUGAUUUCAAAUCCAUCGUGCUUCAAGUAGCGAGCAUAUUGGUGAAGGAUGAGCUGGUGAAAUGGCCCAAGCACGUCUCGGAAACUGUUCCCUUUCUCGUGGAGUACAUGCGAGACCAGCCUGAACAAGCUCAGCUUGUUUUGAUUGUCCACAACAUAGAUGGCGAGGCUCUUCGAUUAGACAAAACACAGGGGCUCAUGGCGCGAUUAUUUGGGAUUCGCCAGAUCUGGGCAAUGACGUCCACUGACCACGUGAAUGCUCCUCUCAUGUGGGACCUGUCCAAAGCGAAAAACAUAAACUUUGUCUGGCACGAUUUGACGACUUUUGCCGGCUAUUCCACAGAGCUUACCUUCAAGGACAUGCUCAACUUGGGCAAGUCCAAAAAAUACGUUGGCAGUCUCGGUGCCAAGUUUGUUUUGCGCUCGUUGACCGAAAACCACAGGAAUUUGUAUCGGUUGUUGUUGCAAAACCAGUUGAGUAAGAUGAAGGCUGCAUCGGACACGCGGGGGUUGGGGUUGAAAGGAGCUGUCAAGCACGCCAUAGAGUUGAAAACACUCUACAGCCAAAGCUUGGACGAGUUUGUCAUUUCCAAUGAAGUCACAUUCAGGACAUUUCUCAAGGAAUACCUUGACCACAAAAUGUGUCAGCUCGUGAAGGACUCGGCCGGUUUGGAGCUUGUAUUUGUACCUUUUACAUUUGGUGAAAUAGAGGAACUAUAUAAAGAGGAAUUUGAGAGUUGA